AUGUCCCUGGCCGAGGGCUUCCUCCUGAGUCGGGCAGAGGAUAAGCGGCAGGCAGAGCAGUUCCAAAUGUGGGGACCAUCUGUGAAGAUGGAAGUGAAGUUCCCUGAGAAGAAAGGAUCUCCUUGGGAGGAGGAUCAGAAGGCGCAGGCCCAGGAGCGUUCUCAAGAUGCCCUCUCACGUGAAGGCACGGAUGUGCGAGACACUGCAGUGGAGACAGACGAAGGGCUGGAGAGUUUCUCAAGAGGAUCUCAACAGAUUAUUUCCUUCCUGAGUGAACUGGCUACGACACAGAAGCUUUUUGAAUGUUCAGAGUGCGGAAAGAAAUUCAGUAUGAAUUCCAGUCUACAAAAGCACCGAAGAAGCCACUCAGGGGAGAAACCUUUUGAAUGCUCAGAGUGUGGAAAGAGAUUCAGUAGGAGUGGCAUUCUUCAAGAGCAUCAAAGAACCCACACAGGGGAGAAACCUUUUCAAUGCUCAGAGUGUGGGAAAAGAUUCAGUCAGAGUGGCAAUCUUCAAAAGCACCAAAGAACCCACACAGGGGAGAAACCUUUUGAAUGCUCCGAGUGUGGAAAGAGAUUCAGUAAGAGUGGUGAUCUUCAAAAGCAUCAAAGAACCCACACAGGGGAGAAACCUUUUAAAUGCUCAGAAUGUGGAAAGAGAUUCAUUCAGAGUGGCAGUCUUCAAGAGCAUCAAAGAACCCACACAGGGGAGAAACCUUUUGAAUGCGCAGUUUGUGGAAAAAGAUUCAGUCAGAGUAGCAAUCUUCAAAAGCAUCAAAGAAUCCACACAGGGGAGAAACCUUUUGAAUGCGCAGUUUGUGGAAAAAGAUUCAGUCAGAGUGCCAGUCUUCAGGAGCAUCAAAGAACCUACACAGGGGAGAAACCUUUUGAAUGCGCAGUUUGUGGAAAAAGAUUCAGUCAGAGUGGCAAUCUUCAUCAGCAUCAGAGGACCCACAGAGGGGAAAAACCUUUUGACUGCUCAGACUGUGGGAAGAGAUGCAGUCAGAGUGGAACUCUUCAAUAUCAUCAAAGGACCCACACAGGGGAGAAACCUUUUGAAUGCUCAGAGUGUGGAAAGAGAUUCAGUCGGAGUUCCAGUCUUCAACUGCACCAAAGAACCCACACAGGGGAGAAACCUUUUGAAUGCUCAGACUGUGGAAAGAGAUUCAGUCAGAACUCAAGUCUUCAAAAGCAUCAAAGAACCCACACAGGGGAGAAACCUUUUGAAUGCUCAGACUGUGGAAAGAGAUUCCGUCGGAGUUCCAGUCUUCAACUGCACCAAAGAACCCACACAGGAGAGAAACCUUUUGAAUGCUCAGUGUGUGGAAAGAGAUUCAGUAGCAGUUACAAUCUUCACGGGCAUCAAAGAACCCACACAGGGGAGAAACCUUUUGAAUGCUCAGAGUGUGGAAAGAGAUUCCAUCUGUAUGGCAGUCUUGAAUAUCAUCAAAAAACCCAUACAGGAGAGAAACCUUUUGAAUGCCCAGUGUGUGGAAAGAGAUUCAUUCGGAAUACCACUCUUCAACAGCACCAAAGUACCCACACAGGGGAGAAAACAUUUGAAUGCUCAGAGUGUGGAAAGUUCUGCUACCAGGAGGCUGCUGGGCCCCGAGAGGGUUGCAGCCAGCUCCACGGACAGUUCCCGGCCGUCCCACCCGAGGAAAUGCAGCGCUGGGUCAGAGGAUGCGGACCAGAGACCAGUUCCCAGGCGGUGUCCCUGGCCGAGGGCUUCCUCCUGAGUCGGGCAGAGGACAAGCGGCAGGCAGAGCAGUUUCAGAUUUGGGGACCUUCGGUGAAGAUGGAAGUGAAGUUCUCUGAGGAGGAAGGGUCUCCUUGGGAGGAGGAGCAGAAGGCGCAGGCCCAGGAGCGUUCCCAGGAUUCUCUCUCCCGUGAAGGCACGAAUGUGCGAGAGACUUCAGUGGAGACAGACGAAGGCCUGACAAGUUUCUCAACUGGAUCUCAACAGAAUAUUUUCUUCCCGAGAGAACUGGCUGCAAGAGACGUUGAGGAGUCAGUUGGGGAAUUUCAGGGAUUCUCACUUGAAAAAUCCCAGAAUGAACAGACCAAAGGAAACUUACAGAAUACAGAUGGACCAGAGAGGCAGGAACGAAACUAUUUGGUGAAGAGGUGGGUUCAGUCCAUUCCUCGCCAUGAAGGGGGCUUCCAUGAAAUCCCAGUCUACAACUGUCUUCAGUGGACUCAUUCAGAAGUGAAUCCAUUUAUCGGCUCCAACAGUGGAAUGAUAUUCUCCAAUGGAAGCAUGGGUAAUGUAUGUUUUCCAAACCACAGUAUAAUGGAGGCAUGUAAAUACUGCCACUGUGGAAAGUGCUUCAGAUACAGACCACAGCUUCUUGUACACCAAAAAAUACACGCAGCACAGAAGCUCUUUGAAUGCUCAGAGUGUGGAAAGAGAUUCAGUAGGAGUAGCAGACUUCAACUGCAUCAAAGAACCCACACAGGGGAGAAACCUUUUGAAUGCCCAGAGUGUGGAAAGAGAUUCAUUCGAAAUGCCACUCUUCAACAGCACCAAAGAACCCACACAGGAGAGAAACCUUUUGAAUGCUCUGAGUGUGGAAAGAGAUUCAAUCAGAGUGGCAGUCUUCAACAGCACCAAAGAACCCACACAGGGGAGAAACCUUUUGAAUGCGCAGAGUGUGGAAAGAGAUUCAGUCAGAGUGGCACUCUUCAACAGCAUCAAAGAACCCACACAGGGGAGAAACCAUUUGAAUGCUCAGAGUGUGGAAAGAGAUUUCGUCGAAAUGACAGUCUUCAAGAUCAUCGAAGAAUUCACAGAGAGGAGAAACCUUUUGAAUGCUCAGAGUGUGGAAAGAGAUUCAUUAGGAGUAGCCAACUUCAAGUGCACCGAAGAAUCCACACAGGGGAGAAACCUUUUGAAUGCACAGAGUGUGGAAACAGAUUUAAUCGGAGUUCCACUCUUCAAAAGCAUCAAAGAACCCACAGAAGGGAAAAGCCUUUUGAAUGCUCAGAGUGUGGAAAGAGAUUCAUUAGGAGUAGCCAACUUCAAGUGCACCGAAGAAUCCACACAGGGGAGAAACCUUUUGAAUGCACAGAGUGUGGAAACAGAUUUAAUCGGAGUUCCACUCUUCAAAAGCAUCAAAGAACCCACAGAAGGGAAAAGCCUUUUGAAUGCUCAGAGUGUGGAAAGAGAUUUAGUCGAAGUGACAGUCUUCACAAGCAUCAAAUAAUUCACAGAGGGGAGAAACCUUUUGAAUGCUCAGAAUGUGGAAAGAGAUUCAGUAGGAGUAGCCAACUUCAAGUACACCGAAGAACCCACACAGGGGAGAAACCUUUUGAAUGCUCAGAGUGUGGAAAGAGAUUUAGUCGAAGUGACAGUCUUCACAAGCAUCAAAUAAUUCACAGAGGGGAGAAACCUUUUGAAUGCUCAGAAUGUGGAAAGNNAUUUAGUGAUAGUAGCCAUCUUCGAUGGCACCAAAGAACCCACACAGGGGAUAAACAUUUUGCAUGCUCAGACCCAGGGCCCACUCUGAUGGUGGAUGCAGGGGCGACGAUGGGCAGGGGCAAGAUCCGUCUCCUCGGUCUUUCGCAUUCCUCCUCUUACGUAUAUCCCUUCCUGCAGUUUCAGAUGUGGGGACCGUCUGUGAAGAAGGGAGUGAAGUUCUCUGAGGAGGAAGGACCUCCUUUGGAGCAGGAGCAGAAGGCGCAGGCCCAGGAGUGUUCCCAAGAUGCCCUCUCCCAUGAAGGCACGGAUGUGCGAGAGACUGCAGUGGAGACGGACGAAGGGCUGGAGAGUUUCUCAAGAGGAUCUCAACAGAAUAGUUCCUUCCCGAGUGAACUGGCUGCGAAAGAUGUCGAAGAGUCAUUUGGGGAAUUUCAGAAGUUCCCACUGGAAAAAACCCAGGAACAGAGAACAGAGAUGGACCACAGAGGCAGGAAGGAAGCUUGUCCAGAGUGUGGGAAGAGAUUUAGUCGGAGUGUCAGACUUCAAGAGCAUGAAAGAACCCACACAGGACCUUUUGAAUGCUCAGAGUGUGGGAAGAGAUUUAGUCGGAGUGACAGACUUCAAGAGCAUGAAAGAACCCACACAGGGGAGAAACCUUUUGAAUGCUCAGAGUGUGGAAAGAGAUUCAGUAGUAGUGGUGAACUUCAAAAGCACCGAAGAAAGCACACAGGGGAGAAACCUUUUGAAUGCUCAGAGUGUGGAAAGAGAUCCAGUAGUAGUGGUGAUCUUCAAAAGCACCGAAGAACGCACACAGGGGAGAAACCUUUUGAAUGCUCAGAGUGUGGAAAGAGAUUCAGUCAGAGUGGCCAUCUUCAAGAGCAUCAAACAACCCACACAGGGGAGAAACCUUUUGAAUGCUCAGAGUGUGGAAAGAGAUUCAGUCGGAGUGGCAGUCUAGAAGUGCACCAAAGAACCCACACAGGGGAGAAACCUUUUGAAUGCUCAGAGUGUGGAAAGAGAUUCAGUCUGAGUUGGAAUCUUCAACUGCACCAAAGAAUCCACACAGGGGAGAAACCUUUUCAAUGCUCAGAGUGUGGAAAGAGAUUCAGUCAAAAUGGCAAUCUUCAACUGCACCAAAGAACCCACACAGGGGAGAAACCUUUUGAAUGCUCAGAGUGUGGAAAGAGAUUCAGUCAGAGUGGUGAUCUUCAAAAGCAUCAAAGAACCCACACCGCGGAGAAACCUUUCGUAUGCUCAACGUGUGGAAAGAGAUUCAAUCUGAGUGGCAAUCUUCUAAGGCAUCAAAGAACCCACACAGGGGAGAAACCUUUUGAAUGCUCAGAGUGUGGAAAGAGAUUCAGUCAGAGUGACAGUCUUCAACAGCAUCACAGCAGCCACACAGGAGAGAAACCUUUUGAAUGCUCAGAGUGUGGAAAGAGAUUCAGUCAGAGUGGCAUUCUUCAACAGCAUCAAAGAACCCACACAGGGGAGAAACCUUUUGAAUGCUCGGAGUGUGGAAAGAGAUUCAGUCAGAGUGGCCAUCUUCAAAAGCAUCAAAGAACCCACACAGGGGAGAAACCUUUUGAAUGCUCGGAGUGUGGAAAGAGAUUCAGUCAGAGUGGCCAUCUUCAAGAGCAUCAAAGAACCCACAAAGGGGAGAAACCUUUUGAAUGCUCAGAGUGUGGAAAGAGAUUCCAAGGCACGGGUGUGCGACAGACUGCAGUGGAGACUGACGAAGGGCUGGAGAGUUUCUCAAGAGGAUCUCAACAGAAUAGUUCCUCCCCGAGUGAACUGGCCGCGAGAGAUGUCAAGGAGUCAGUUGCGGAAUUUCAGUGGUUCUCAUUGGAAAAAGCCGAGAAUGAACAUGCUGAAGGAAACUUUGGGAAUAGAGAUGGGCCACAGAAGCAGGAAGGAGGCUGUACGGUGAAGAGGCGGGUGAAGUCUAUCCCUCACCAAGAAGAGGGCUUCCAUGAAAUCCUAGUCCCACAGAAGCUUUUUGAAUGGUCAGGGUGCAGAAAGAAAUUCAGGAUGACUUCCAGUCUACAAAAGCACCAAAGAAGCCACUCAGGCGAGAAACCUUUUGAAUGCUCAGAGUGUGGAAAAAGAUUCAGUACAAGUGGCAUUCUUCAACAGCAUCAAAGAACCCACACAGGGGAGAAACCGUUUGAAUGCUCAGAGUGUGGAAAGAGAUUUAGUCGGAGUAGUAUUCUUCAACAGCAUCAAAGAACUCACAGAGGGGAGAAACCGUUUGAAUGCUCAGAGUGUGGAAAAAAAUUCAGUCAGAGUGGCCAUCUUCAAAGGCACCAAAGAACCCACACGGGGGAGAAACCUUUUGAAUGCUCAGACUGUGGAAAGAGAUGCAGUCAGAGUGAAGGUCUUCAAAAGCAUUACAGCACCCACACAGGGGAGAAACCAUUUGAAUGCUCAGAGUGUGGAAAGAGAUUUAGUCGGAGUGACAGUCUUCAACGGCAUCAGCAUCAAAGAAUCCACACAGGGGAUAAACUUUUUGAAUGCUCAGAGUGUGGAAAGCGAUUCAGUCAGAGUGGUGAUCUUCAACAGCAUCAAAGAACCCACACAGGGGAGAAACCUUUUCAAUGCUCAGAGUGUGGUAAGAGAUUCAUUCGUAGUUCUGGUCUUCAACUGCACCAAAGAACCCACACACAGGAGAAACCUUUUCAAUGCUCAGAGUGCGGAAAGAGAUUUGUUCGUAGUUCUGAUCUUCAACAGCAUCAAAGAACCCACACAGGGGAGAAACCUUUUCAAUGCUCAGAGUGUGGUAAGAGAUUCAUUCGUAGUUCUGGUCUUCAACUGCACCAAAGAACCCACACACAGGAGAAACCUUUUCAAUGCUCAGAGUGCGGAAAGAGAUUUGUUCGUAGUUCUAGUCUUCAAGAGCAUCAAAGAACACACACAGGGGAGAAACCUUUUCAAUGCUCAGAGUGUGGAAAGAGAUUCAGUAGGAGUGGCGCACUUCAAGUGCACCGAAGAAUCCAUACAGGGGAGAAACGUUUUGCAUGCUCAGAGUGUGGAAAGAGAUUCAGUCUGAAUUCCAAUCUUCGAAAGCAUCAAAGAACCCACACAGGGGAGAAACCUUUUCAAUGCUCAGAGUGUGGAAAGAGAUUCAGUCUGAAUUCCAAUCUUCGAAAGCAUCAAAGAACCCACACAGGGGAGAAACCUUUUCAAUGCUCAGAGUGUGGAAAGAGAUUCAGUCUGAAUUCCAAUCUUCGAAAGCAUCAAAGAACCCACACAGGGGAGAAACCUUUUCAAUGCUCAGAGUGUGGAAAGAGAUUCAGUCUGAAUUCCAAUCUUCGAAAGCAUCAAAGAACCCACACAGGGGAGAAACCUUUUCAAUGCUCAGAGUGUGGAAAGAGAUUCAGUCUGAAUUCCAAUCUUCGAAAGCAUCAAAGAACCCACACAGGGGAGAAACCUUUUCAAUGCUCAGAGUGUGGAAAGAGAUUCAGUCUGAAUUCCAAUCUUCGAAAGCAUCAAAGAACCCACACAGGGGAGAAACCUUUUGAAUGCUCAGUGUGUGGAAAGAGAUUCAUUCGAAAUGUCACUCUUCAGCAGCACCAAAGAACCCACACAGGGGAGAAACCUUUUGAAUGCUCAGAGUGUGCAAAGAGAUUCAGUACAAGUGGCAUUCUUCAACAGCAUCAAAGAACCCACACAGGGGAGAAACCUUUUGAAUGCUCAGAGUGUGGAAAGAGAUUCAGUCUGAAUUCCAAUCUUCGAAAGCAUCAAAGAACCCACACAGGGGAGACCCAGGCCCCAGCAGAGUGAAAGAAGGUCA